AGAAGUCACGUGGGAACAGGGCGGUGGAGGUGGGGAGAAACAGAGAGAGAAAGAAAGAGAGUGUAUGUCAUUCACUUCUUCUAGGUGCGGUCAUUGGGGGAGACGAGUUUGUUCGAACCACGUGAUGGGGCGCCCAGGCGCUGCCCGUUGGUGGUUUCCGUGGUUACGAGGAAUGAGGGGGCGGGGUGUAAGCUCUGCCUGCCAGCAGCGGCAGCACUGCCGCCGCAUCAGCAGCGGCCCGUGAAGGCGGCCCUGGCUGCCGGCAGCGCCGCCCAGCAGCAGGAGCGGCUGCGGGAGCGGCCCAUCCCUGCCUCUCUUCUUUCCUUCCUCCCUUCUUGAGCCAUGGCGGCGCCGGAGGACGCGGUGGCGGCGGCGGCUGCGGCCGCAGCAGCCGGGUGAAGAGGAGGCGGAGGCUGCGGUGGCGGUCGGUGAGAGGCGGCAGACUGACGGGGGCGGACGGCGGCUCGCUGCGGGAGGCGGAGGAGGAUGCGCGAGUACAAGGUGGUGGUGCUGGGCUCGGGCGGGGUGGGGAAGUCGGCGCUCACCGUGCAGUUCGUCACCGGCACCUUCAUCGAGAAGUACGACCCGACCAUCGAGGACUUCUACCGCAAGGAGAUCGAGGUGGACGCCUCCCCGUCGGUGCUGGAGAUCCUGGACACGGCCGGCACCGAGCAGUUCGCCUCCAUGCGGGACCUCUACAUCAAGAACGGGCAGGGCUUCAUCCUGGUCUACAGCCUCGUCAACCAGCAGAGCUUCCAGGACAUCCGCCCCAUGCGCGACCAGAUCAUCCGCGUCAAGAGGUAUGAGAAGGUGCCUGUAAUCUUGGUUGGAAAUAAAGUGGACCUGGAGAGUGAGAGGGAAGUUUCAUCAAGUGAAGGCAGAGCCCUGGCUGAAGAAUGGGGUUGUCCUUUUAUGGAGACUUCUGCUAAAAGUAAAACAAUGGUCGAUGAGCUCUUUGCAGAGAUUGUCAGACAGAUGAACUAUGCCUCUCAGCCGGAUAAAGAUGAUCCAUGCUGUUCUGCAUGUAAUAUACAAUAGCAUUACAAAUGAUGGAAUUGGACCUAAUUUGCUGUAUUUUUGGUAAGGUAAUAGAACUGACUAUUUCACUUUGUGAGUUAAAGUUGGGUCUUGGAAUAAUCCAAAGUGGAGAAGCAGCAUUAACUCCAAGGGGAACACUGAAGUUGAUCAGUUUAGCAAAAGAAUUGGGGGGAAAGCUUCUACAGUUCACUUACCUGCAGCACAUCUCCUACACCUGCAACUCUGUGGCAUAGCCAACAGAUUUACAGGGUGAGCACAAACUAUUACGUUGGCUUUGUCAGACAACUGCAACUGCUUUAAGUUAAGAGUUGCUGAUAAUGGUGAAAAGGAGAGCACCAGCAAAAGACCCUUUGCACUCUGCAUAUUCUCUACCGAUACGUAAAGAUUAACCAAGUUUUAAGUGUCUGCAUAUUGAAUUUCAGGAUGUCACUUGUGGCCAAGUUUACUCAGUCAAAUAUGCUAACUUCAUCUUUGACACAAAUGUUAGUAGGCUUAUUGGCAAAUUGAUGUAGUUCUGGAUUUUGUUCUCCUUUCAAUAUGAUUAUUUUCGAUUAUCCCAUCAUGCGAAAAGGAAAAUACUCCAUCAGUACUUGAAAGUAAAGAGAGGUGCUCUGAAAAAUCAAAGGCUUGUGAAGAGGACAGUGAGAUGCUGGAAUGUGUUAAAUAUUUUGCUUUGCUGCUCAGAAAUGGUGGCUUGCUUCAGAUGCUGUUCACUCAAGAAAGAAGCAAACCUUCUGUUGACAAAGCAGGAAACAUGUUCAUCUCUUUACUGAACCAGGAAGAAGCAACUGUGAUGGGGGGGUGGGUUAAAAAAAUCUCUUAGCCUUACUAACGAGGAAAAUUUUAGCACAUUAACAAGUACCAUCUUGUAAGGAAAAUGAAGCCAUGUUGUAUCCAGAUGUUCCUUUCUGCAGAAACCUCACGGGGACUGUAUGAGCAUCCUGCAUUUUUAAGUUUAAGGAAACCUGUUGAUUUCUUGCCUUUAAGGGCUAUGUCUUUGGUAUGAUACCCCAACUAACCUUUGGAAGUCAAAUUUGCCAUUCGAUAGCUUUAAUGUUGGCAACUUGGUUAAUUGAAUUAACUGUGUGAAAUUACUUUGGCUCAGAAGUUGAAUAUACAACAUCGUGAUUCCAUAGAUGAGGGAGGAAAAGGUUUUUCUCGUCAGUUGCCUAACAUGCUAGUCAGGUGCUGCCAUACAGUGAUGCUGUUGCCCUGGUUAUUGCCGUGACAAAUAGUGAGUGAAAACAUUGUUUUGAAAUGGUGCUCAGCCUCUGAUCUUAAUUUUCAUAGCAGUGAAAUACUUAUAACUUGCAUGACUUAACAGCACCGUUUUAUCUAUUCUGAUGUCUUAACAAUCAAGGAAGUUUUCAGUCAGAAUGUCUAAGGUUGAAAUGCUGAAAUGAUCAUGUUGGGCUGGACCUUGAUGGAUAGAAUUGGCCUUUUAAAAUGCAAUAUCACUGAGCCUGUGGUCCAUAUACCACCCUGCAGUUUGGUUUCUCAGUCUUGUGGAGUAGCUGUGUAAUUUCUUGUGUAGAUGAGUGGAGAAGAGUGUAUGUGUCUUGUGUGCGUGUUGGUGGGUGGGUGUGACUUUUUACAAAUGCUGUAAUAAACUUGAGUUCUGAGAUGUUUGGCUCCAUCUGCAGAAAAACAACCUGCAAUCUAAAGUGUGUCUAAAGAAUUGUAUUCAAAAACAUUUGUUGAGCUUUGACAACUCAGCCACUUUAUUCCUUACACAACAGAACACUUUUAAAUUUCAUUCACUUUUAAACAGUUUUUUUAAAAUGAUGGAUGAUAUAGGCCACUGUUGCCUUAGUCCUUGCAUGCUUUUCCAUAAUCAAGGAAACUGAGUGUAACGCUAAGCAAGAGGUCCUACUAUAGAAAUGUAGCUCCUUCCCAACCAGCUUGCACAGCCUUGGAAGCUGUGGCACCUUUAGUGCAUCUAGUAUUUACAGCAUGCAUGUGUCAAGGGAAACAACUGUCACAAGUUCACAGUAUCCAAAAUGUUUUAGAAGGUAUAUUACUGCAGCAGUAGCUUUGUUUCUUAGGAAAAUAACUGGCUUCAACAUUGUAAUAAAAAUGAAAUUCACAGAUAGAACAAGCAUUUUGAUCACAUACUGUGUGAAUUAAUUCCAAAAAUAUUUCCUGUCUUGCAUGUCAGAUUCUUUAUGCAGUCAUAACAGUGGCAUAGGUUUUUAGCUAAAUGAAGGGCAGAAAUGGCAUGGAUGAUAAAAUCGGGCAUGGUUUUAAUAUAGAAGCCAUUGCAUAAUAUGAUUCUGAACAGAAUAAAAAUUAAAAAUACUUAUAAUGCUUAUUGCAGUUUUAGAGACAAAGCAUUGAGUGUUAUAGCAAAAGUGUAACAGUCAUGUGAUAUGUUUGUGUGCUGUUUGGAUUCUACUAACAUGACUAUAGGGAGACGGGGUGGUUGUAUCUGAUGAAACUAGUUUAAAAAUCAGUGAGGAGUAUAAAGGAUGCCAUUAAUCACAGUUACAUGCGGGGUGGGGGGGGUGUUUCCAUGGGAUAUGUUUAGGCCAACAGUGUGAGUCACAAGCAAAAUGAGCGAUCGCCAGUUUUCCAGUGCCAAUUCAAAAGGUGUGGUCUAUUUCCUCCAUCCCUCCCCUUUUCUCAGCCCAUGAUGGAGAUUGAUUUGCCAUUCUGGUCAUUGCUUUGUUACAUUCUUGUUUUUCCCAUUGGUUGACACUGAAGAUGGGCCAAAACUAGGCCAGGUGAAAGUCAACUUUAAGCCAGGCCACUUGGCAGCCCUAGCUCUGUGCCCCUAGGUAUGUGGCACUUUUAAAUAUAAAUCCUAUAACUUCCAUAAAUAUGCCACAGUGGCACUUCCCAUUCAUAAAUGUGCAGGAGUGGCACACUGGCAUGCAUUAACAGCAUUGUACAUCUUGGGAGUUGCUUGUCAAGGACAACUGCUUAGAUUUGUAUCCAGAUCAGAUUCCAAUGAUUUUUUUUGGUAUAACAUGCCUUAAAAUAUUAUCAUUUGAUCCAAAGACCCACUAUUCUUUAUCUGUUCUUGUAGAGCUUUGUAUUUUUCUGCAGAUGCCAUUUUUAAGUUUAUAUUGAAAAAUGUUGCAACUUCUUUUGAAAGUGUGUUAAUCUCCCUCAACAAAAACAUUAAUCAAAUGAGCAUCCAUUCUGUAUUUAAGAUGAAGGUUCUUUCUCUCCCCCCCUCUACUACUUUACUGAUAGCAUCUUUUGAGGACAUCUUCUGGUAGGACCAACCAUAAAAUACCCCUCGACCUAUACUCCAGUUCUAAAGUUGCCAUUACUUUCUGUGAGCAAACAUACAGUUGUUUGUUUUUUCUGCCUAACAAAUGCUGUCUAAAGAUGUCAUCUGUUUAGAGUGGGGCGGUGCACAGUUUCUCUCCAGUGUGCAGUUGAAGCACCAAUUGGACUGUGAUUGCAAAAUCCAUGACAAAGCUAAUUUGGCAGCUGCAGGAAUUUUAAUGUGCAUUAUUCCUUCAUCAAUUCCUGACCAGGGUUUCAAGAAACGAUUGCAGUGUGUUUUUGAAACUAGAUUUAACCAUUGACAAUUUGGGAUUUCCUAGAGUUGAAUAAAGAUAUAUAACAGUUGAUUGUUUGAGCUCUAUUACAACUGAUAACGGAAAAAUGCAGCAGGUUUUAUAAGGUGUCAGUUGUUUAAAUCAUUGUUUCAAAAUAAAUCAAAUUGUACAUAGAACUCAAUGCAAACUCAGCAGUUGUAUUUGGAGUUAAAUUAUUUUAACAAAUAAAUUUAUUUAAUGAAAUGUU